GCCUCCGCCAGCCGGAAAGUACUGUAAGUCCCAUCCAUGGUCCAGCUGAGACCUUGCAUACACGAGCAUGAGCCCUCUACGUACCUCGCCCACAACCACAACAACACCUCGCGGCACGUCUUUUUACGCACACGUCGUUGCCCAUCUUCCUAUAUAAUGUCCACGCAACGUCGCAUCACUCGCUAACCAUCCCUUCCAGUCACACACAGUCUCUUUCGCCUUUCAACCGGAUCUGCGAUCCCCAGCACACGCAUCUCGCCCCUUCUUGUCCUCCCGUCACUUUCACUUCAAGGACAUCUCAUUCACCAUGCGCUCUGCAUUCGUCGCCGCGGCCUUGGUCGCCAGCGCGCUAGCCGUGCCCUUCAACAAGCAUGAGGAGAAGCGUGCUCUCGUCACCACCACGGACAUCGACGUCAUCACCGUGACCGACUACGUUACCGUUACUCUGCCUGAAGGUUCCGCCCCGACGGGUGGUAACCAGAGGUUCGGCUUCGGGGACCACCGCCAUCACCGUCACCACCACCAUGGAGAGGAGCCUCCCCAGACCACCCCUUCCACGACUUCCAACAUUUUCCCGUCCACCAAGCCCAGCACUCAGCAACCUUCAACCAACACCAACACCGCCCCGCAUUUCGCUCCCACGCAGUCCGCUCCCACCUCCGCGCCGAGCUCUCCGUCCAAUGGCGGUGGCUCCACUCCUACGCAGAACCCAGGUGCGACGCCUACCGACUACCAAGAGAUCGCCGUCUACCACCACAACAUCCACCGUGCCAACCACUCCGCCUCGGACGUGACCUGGGAUGACAACUUGGCUUCCAUUGCUGCCCAGAUUGCCAGCUCCUGUGUCUAUGCGCACAACACCGCUACGGGUGGCGGUGGUUACGGCCAGAACAUUGCUGCCGGUGUCAAAUCCGACAACAUCUCGGCCAUCAUUACCGAUCUCUUCUACAACGGCGAGGUCAACUGGUUCAACGGGCUAUACGACCAGGCCCAGCCAUCCAUGGUCAACUUUGAGCACUGGGGCCAUUUCUCGCAGAUUGUGUGGAAGGCUACCAGCACCGUCGGAUGCGCCACCCAAGACUGCUCCGGGCAAGGUCUUUCUGGUGUGGGCAGUGAUGUCGCUCCCUACUUCACCGUCUGCAACUAUGGCGGCCCUGGCAAUGUCGAAGGCGCUUACGGCAAGAACAUCGGCGAGCCGCUCGGCCAGCCGACUGCACAAUGGAACACGGGUCUGUGAUUGCGUCGAUGACAGCUUUUACUCUUUCGUUCUGCGAUGGGCUUUGAUCGACGCGGCUUUUAAUCGCGAUCUGCUUUCUCCAAUUCCCCAACGAUGGGCGCCUGCCACGCGCCGAGAUUCACGCUGCGAUUGCAUCGAACCUGCCGGACAGAUUCAUGUAGUUAUCUAGCUGGUCAUUGAAAUGGCAAAUUCGACUGUGACUGUGAU